AUGGAUUACCUUCACGAUGUUUGUAGCUGCCUGAACGCGAUGGAUUCAUCCAAAGUUACAGAGAGAAAGAAGAGUGCCACCCAGCUGGAGCAGCUCCUUGGCAGGAUGUCAGUCACUGACGUUAUCGACAGUAACACAGCUCGGGGCACAAGCGGCAGUAGAUUGGUCACAUGGGAUGUAGUUUUAAAGGGUGUUAUCCGGUACAUAGACACAGAAAUCACAGCUUUACAAUCAGCCAAAGAAAGCCAGUCAGCUACAACUUUGAACAACAGGGAUAAGAAAAGGCAGGAACUGAGUUCCUUGUUCAGACUUGUCAUCAGAACUGCCAAUAAAGGAAGUGCAAAGUUGAGUUACCAGUUGCUGGCCGAGAGGAUAGAGUCCAUGUUGAUUGAUACAUACACAUUAAAAUCUUUUGGAGCAGAUUACAGCAGUAUGUUCUUGAAGUAUGUGCUGCCAGUCAGACAGUACUGGUUGGAAAUAAGUCCAGAGAAAUGGAGAAAACUGACGACUCUGUUUUGCAAACUAUAUGAUGAAAGCAAGGUGGAUCAAGGAAUCCUGGCUCGGAUCAUUCACCAGGUCAUUCAAGGCAGCUGCUUGCAGGGUGAGCCUUAUCCUCGGAGGGUUUUCAGCUUCUUCACAAAAGUCAUGGAAAAUAUCAG